GUUCACUGCGCGAGUGGACAAGUGGAAGUAGUGGGCUCAAACACGGAUUUCGUUGAAAGAAAUGUGUUUACUACUAAAGGAUAAACUUUAAACGUUUCACAUGGGGAGCUAAAAGCGUAUGCGUUACAGUAUGUUACUGGUUUCAAUUUUGGAAUUACUGUUGUUUGGAUGCACAGCUGGCUUGUUUCGUUCCGCACACCGCGCGAGCGAUGAUGACAACUCAGGCGCGAGACUCCCGCGUGCUGUGUUGGAGGAGCCGCUGCAAGCGACCACCAUCCCAAACCACUUACAGGAGGACGACGGGAACUACAGGUUUUCACCUUUCACCCCCAAAAUGACUAUCACAACCAAGGACUCUAGGACAACUGGUAAAACUAGCCAACUACAGCCCCUCUGGGUGACCACCACCACGGCUGCGCCUGUGACCAAAACAAUAGACCCAACCUUUAAACGCAGUCGAGUCAAAGAAAACUCUACAUUCACCACAGGACUAAACAUUACAGUUAAGCCUACUUCCUCCUAUCCAGUAAAUCAGACACAAAACACACCACCACCUACACUGGAUACUGCAAACAGUUCAUGGACAGUGAGAAGCACCUCUAAGCCUCUUUUCCUGACUACUGAGAAAGGUCCUCAAUGUAACUGCAGUGCUGAGGGGUCAGUGGACCCAGAUGCCUGUGACAGGUUCACGGGUCAGUGUGUGUGCAUGACUGGAUACACAGGUCACUGGUGUGACGAAUGUGAGGAUAAGUAUUUCACCAAUGGGACGAAUGGCUGCCAGGCCUGUGACUGUGACUCCUAUGGAGCCAUGAGCCAACUCUGCAAUAGUUCAGGUGUGUGCAUGUGCAAGAUGGGAGUGCACGGGGACAAGUGUGACGACUGCCGCCCAGGCUUCUCACACUUCAGCAGCACGGGAUGCCAACCAUGCCAGUGCAAUAAUCACAGCAGCUACUGUCACCCACAAUCAGGCAUCUGCGAGAACUGUCAGGGCAACACCAUAGGACCCAGCUGUGAGAACUGCAGGUAUAAUUUCUACCGAAGGCCUGGGUCUCCUGCAACAGACGCCUGCAUCCCCUGCCCCUGCUCCAGCGUCACUUCCACAGGCAGCUGUAGGCUGGACUCAACGGGCCAGCCGGUCUGUAGCCAGUGCAAGCCAGAGUACCAGGGUCCUAACUGUGAGCAGUGUAGUGAUGGCUUCUACAAUGCCGACAGCAUCUGCCUUCCCUGUAACUGCAGCGGGAAUGCGGACCCCCGCACAUCCCCUCGGAUCUGUCACCCGGACACGGGCCACUGCCUGAGCUGCAUCAACAAUACUACGGGCCUGCACUGUGAGCACUGCGCAGAGGGUUUUACAGGGGACGCGCUCACCAGAAACUGCUCUCCUAAAGUCGUCCACACUACUCCUUCAACCACUACCCACUGGUUUCACUACAGCACCAUGACCUCCAGCCCCAAUGCUACAGCCCAAUUUACCUCCACCUCUUUAGCGACUACGCUGAUAACCAGCCUGGCCAGCUCCACCCCCAACACCACCACCGCCACAGUGACACCGCUUCCAUGGAAUCAUUUUAACAUCAUCGUCCUAGCUGUCAUCAUCAUAGUGGUGGUAGCUCUCAUGGCUGUGGUGGGCGGCGUGUACACUUACAGAGAGUACCAAAACCGCAAACUGAACGCCCCCUUCUGGACCAUUGAGCUGAAGGAGGACAAUAUAAGCUUUAGCAGCUAUCACGAUAGCAUUCCAAAUGCUGACAUAUCAGGGCUUUUAGAGGAUGAAGUGAGUGAAAUGGGCAAUGGACAACUUGCUUUAACUGGACCUGGUAUUUUGUAUAAGGUGUAAUUGAUGUCGAGUCUUCCAUAGCAUUGUGCCAGAAACUGGGUUGCUAUGCCAGCGCUGGCCCAACAGUGGGCAGAUAGUGGACCCAUGGAUACGUGGACUACAACCCCCCACCCCCCUUGGAGUCAAGUUGUCUUAGGAGGAAUGUGCACACAAUGCAAACACUUAAAAGCACUCCAAUAAAAAGAAAAGAAGAAAAAGGAAAUGAUGGAUAGACAAGAAAGAGAGGAACAUCCCCUGUGCAUCAUAACUGAAAGACCAAGUUAACCAUUCUUCCUUUUGAAGACCUUUGGAAAGUCCAAGCUAAAACAUGCUGUCUUUGAAGAAAGAGCAGAGAUGCAGAAACGAAUUUACUAAUGCGUGACAGAAAACUAAAGACUGAAGCAUGUCUGUUUGAGUAGUGAUUUCAAUACACAUGCAUGAAGUUUCAUCACACAUGGGUAGAUCAAUCAAAUGCUUAGUAACAUUAUUUGCACAUUUUCAUGCAAAUAAAUGCUGACAUGCAGAUGCUUACUUGCCGGUACCAUUACGUCCGUUCACCUGUUCCCUUUGUAAAUGCAGAGGAUGUUUUAAACACACAGAGAGGACAUUUAUUUGAUAAGCUCAGGAUGGAUUUUGUUUUUAUUGUGAAAAGCACACCAUAAUACAAGCUGAACUUGUGCGUAUCCCCGCUUUUAGUGCCGCUACAAAACAAGGGUAUCAUACAUGUGAUUACACUUUCAUGAUUUAGGGGGAAGUGUUACACUGGGUCUGAAAUACAGAGUAAUGUAGAAUGCAAUGGAAGUACAUAAUACUGAUUGACAAAUGCUGAAUGAUUUAUCCAUUCAUUUAAAAGUACAACAGUAGAUGAUUUCUUUUUAGGCCAAAGAGGAUCUGUGUUUUAAAAGUAGAGUGCCUGUCAAGUUCUUGUCACAGUUUUAUACGGCAAAGUGGAUUUAGGGGACUGUUCCAUGUAUAAUGGGAUUUUAUUUGUUUUGGUUUUAUUUAUUUUCAGGAAUUUCUCCUCAGUCCACUUUUCCUAUUGAAGGGUGCCAUGUUGUGUGGACUCUGAUUUGAAACAGACUCUGUUUGGGAGAGUUUAUCAAGUUUUUAUAAUUUAUUUUGGAUGGACCUCUCUCUCAAGUUGAUGAUUUAAAAACAUAGGGUCAGUUUGUCUCUGUUUUGCAGCAGGUCCAAAGAGCAGGGGAACAAAUUUGAUCAGUUGAGCAUUAGUCAUGCCCAUUCAAUCUUACAGUCGUACUGGAUUAAUCAAUCACUUCCUGUAUGUAGCACAGGCUAAAACAAAUUGAGAGAGAGGUUCAAUGGAUGAAUGAGAGAACAUAUUUGAGUGUGUGGGUGCUGAGAGUGGUAAAAUAAUAUAUGACUGUGUUGUAUAGAGGUGUAAAAAAAAAAAAAACAUGCCAGGUCAGUCAGUAAGACUGAUAAAAAGUAAUAUAAAAGGGUGUGUAAGAAUGUGAAAAAUCUAUAAUCAGUUUUAAUAAGUAAAAAUUGGAAGGCGUUGGCCCAAACUUGAAGACAAGCGCUACAGUUUAUCUCUGUCUCUAGCUGUAUAUUAGAUUACUUUUGCAACAUCUCCCUUUAGCUUCCUUCCCACCUCCACAGUCCUGAAGUCAUCCUUCUGAGGUGUGUUUAAACAAAACUAUGUAAAUAUUAGAUGUACAGAAUGGUUGUCAUGAGGAGGCUGCUAUUGUAUCGGUACAUGUGGCGACAAGGAAAAGGUAAAUUGUCUUGUUUCUGUAUCCAGCACACUUGCACAUACAUAGAAAAUACAUUUGAACAACUCUCGUAAUGGUGUCUUAAUUUCACAGAGACUAUUGUAUGGAUUGUGCAUCAUUCAUGGUGCAUGGUGCACCGCACUCACAACACAGCUAACUCUGAAAUAUUUCAAUAAAAGCAAGUUUUGCUA